AUGUACACUGAUGCUGUCACACAUGGUAUGGAACUCUAUCCUCGCAUUGGUAAAAACUUCGACAUUAAAGUUUUUACAAAUUGCAGAUUUGGAAUGAUGUCUUGGGCAGUUCUAGCUGUAACCUAUUGCAUAAAGCAGUUGCAAUAUGAAUUGGAUUGGCUGUAUUUGAUCCCAAUUACUUGGAUUGGCUACCAUGACUAUCUAUUGCUUCUUUCCCGUUCUUUUGGUUUGUUCAUACUUUCUCUCAUUUGGAUCAUUGUACCUAUCAUUUUGACAGCUGGUUUUUAUAUUUGCUGGGGAUGCCUUGUAUGGGUUCCUUCUAUAUAUACUUCUCCUGGCAUGUACCUGGUCAAUCAUCCUGUACACCUUGGAACUCAGUUGGCACUCUACAUCCUAGUAGCAUGCAUUCUUUGCAUAUACAUCAACUACGAGUGUGAUAGGCAAAGGCAAGAGUUUCGCAGAACAAAUGGCAAAGCUUUGGUUUGGGGUAAAGCUCCAUCAAAGAUAACUGCCACUUACACUACCACAACUGGGGAAACAAAAAGCAGCAUUCUUUUAACUUCGGGAUGGUGGGGAUUAGCUCGACAUUUCCACUAUGUCCCAGAAAUAUUAGCUGCAUUUUUCUGGAUUGUUCCAGCUCUUUUUAACCACGCUUUACCCUACUUUUAUGUGGUGUUUCUUACAAUCCUUCUCCUCGACCGGGCGAAAAGGGAUGAUGAUCGGUGCCGAUCCAAGUAUGGAAAAUACUGGAAAUCGUACUGCGAGAAGGUUCGGUACAGGGUCAUCCCCGGAAUUUACUGAGAAAAUGUUGCACAAGUGUUUGUUCUAUGUUGAGAAUGGCAUGUAUAUUCAGCCUUUCCAAAUUAAAUGAUGGCAGGCUGGUAUCAUGUUGUUAUUGUUGUUUUUGUAAUGGUCAACUUUAUGGAUGUUGUAUUUCUCUCAUCUUCAAUGACCAAAAACUUUUCUUGUUUAGGAAAAUUACUAUAAA